AUGGGUCAUCCGGAAGCGACCGAGACCCCUGGUCAGUGCAUUACUAAUGCAAGUGAGGGGCUUCUCCAGCUCGAUGAGAAGGAAGAUCCCAGACAAUGGCCAAAAGCCAGAAAGUGGGUGUGUACGGUGAUCGUGGCGGUGAUGACGGGAGUAAUCGCCUUUUGUUCGAGUAUUUACACCGCUGGAACCAGCCUCAUCACUGCCACAUAUGGCUGUUCACGCACCGUUGCCACUCUUGGAGUGACGACAUUUCUGUUGGGAUUUGCAUCAGGGCCCCUCAUCUUCGCUCCUCUGUCUGAAGUCUACGGCCGCAACCACAUUUUCCGGGUUACUCUAGGACUAUUUGUUCUUUUCCAGAUCGGCUGUGCGUUGGCACCAAAUAUCUCAUCGCUCAUCAUUUUUCGAUUCUUCGCCGGCUUUUUCGGUUCUCCGUCGGUCACCAACUCGGGCGGGUCUAUCACAGAUCUCUGGCCGCAAAGCGAACGGUCUGUUCCCUUGGCUUUGUUUUCCGCAGGUAGCUUUCUUGGACCCGUCUUCGCGCCAGUUGCUGGCGGGUUCAUUUCCGAGUAUCUCUCCUGGAGAUGGAACUUUUGGGUGGUCCUCAUCGUCAGUGGCGUAGUUUAUGCGGCGUGUGUGCUCUUCCUGCCAGAAACAUAUGCCCCCAAGCUUCUACGAGACAAGGCUCGUCGCCAGGGCAUCGUCCAGACUGGUCCCUCUCUAAACUCACAACUUAUGACCUCUUUAACCCGCCCUUGGCUGAUGCUAUUCGCGGAGCCCAUCCUUUUUCUACUAUCCCUCUAUAUGGCGUUCAUCUAUGGGAUCCUAUACCUGGACUUCACAGCCUACCCGAUCGUAUAUGAACAGUCCCGUGACUGGACCCCCGGUAUCGCCGGGCUUUCCUUUCUAGGCAUGGGCACAGGUAUGGCAAUAGCCACAAUAGCCUCACCAUACGUGAACAAGAUUCACGCGACAUAUGUCACCAAACUUGGCCCGGAGCCAGAAGCUCGACUCCCCCACAUUAUCAUCUUGGCCUGGCUGAUCCCCGCCAGCUUAUUCUGGUUUGGUUGGACCGCGAUGCCCCCGAUACACUGGAUCGUGGGCAUUGUAUCAGGGGCACCGUUCGGCUUCAGUCUCAUUCUACUCUUUCUCGCCAUCACUUCAUAUCUCACGGAUUGUUACGGGCCAUAUGGCGCAAGUGCGCUUGCGGCCAAUGCAGUGUUCCGUUCGGUUUUCGGAGCAGUCUUCCCACUGUUUGGCCCGUAUCUGUAUGACGGCUUGGGGGUACCCUGGGGCUCUAGCUUGUUAGGAUUCUUUGCCCUGGCGUUUGCUCCCCUCCCAUGGGUGUUUUAUCACUUUGGGCCGAGGAUUCGCAUGAGAAGCAAGUAUCAUAUGAUGAUGAAGUCUCAGGGGUUAUAG